AGCAGUUCGUCGCUCUGCUUCGGCUCUUUUUACACACAACUCGCAGAAGCUGAGGUUUUGGAGGUUUUCGUCUGGAGGACGGGAGACGCAGAGGGGGGGGGAGACGUUCCAGAGUCUCAGCAAUGAUGCUUCUUGUAUAACAGCAAUGAUGAUGAUGAUGAUGAUGAUGAAGAUGAUGAUAAUAAAGGGCUGUGUGUGAGCGCCGAGUGAAACGAGGGAAACUGGAAACUCAGGGAAGCACAAGCGUGACCAUGCUGAACGGACCGGAGCAGCCCAUACUGGUUCUCUCCACUAAGCCCGCUUCGUUCAGCCAUGAUGAGACUCAGAGCCGCGCCCGGAGCGCCGGGUCUAACUGGCUGAAGUACGUGUCUCUCGGGGUGUUGGUUCUCCAGACCACCUCGCUGGUCCUCACCAUGCGCUACUCGCGCACUCUGCUCUCCGACGAGCCGCGAUACCUCGCCUCCUCCGCCGUGGUGUUCUCCGAGAUCCUCAAGAUCCUCACCUGCACCCUGCUCGUCUUCGGCAACGCCAGGUUCAGCAUUCGAGGCCUGAAUCAGGUCCUGAAGGAGGAGAUCGUCCACAAACCGUUAGACACGAUGAAGCUUGCGAUCCCGUCGGGCAUCUACACGCUGCAGAACAACCUGCUCUACCUGGCCUUGUCCCACCUGGAUGCCGCUACGUACCAGGUUACGUAUCAGCUGAAGAUCCUGACCACCGCCCUGUUCUCCGUGUCGAUGCUCGGGAAGAGGCUCGGUGUGGCGCAGUGGCUCUCCUUACUCAUUCUGAUGAUAGGCAUCGCUUUCGUGCAGUGGCCGGCGCAGUCUGUGUCCAGCUCCGAGGUGCAGGAGGUGGCCGCGGGCUCGCAGUUAAUCGGCGUGCUGGCCGUGCUGACCGCCUGUUUCUCCAGCGGCUUCGCCGGCGUGUACUUCGAGAAGAUCCUGAAAGAGACGAAGCAGAGCGUCUGGAUCCGCAACAUUCAGCUGGGUUUGUUUGGUCUAAUCUUCGGGUUGAUCGGAGUGUUUGCGCAGGAUGGGGAUAAGGUCCGGGAGAACGGGAUUUUACAAGGAUAUAACAGUGUGACCUGGGUGGUGGUGAUUCUACAGGCUAUGGGUGGCUUGAUUGUGGCCGCGGUCAUCAAGUACGCGGAUAACAUCCUGAAGAGCUUCGCCAUGUCCGCCUCCAUCCUGUUAUCCACCCUCAUCUCCUACUUCUUGCUCCACGACUUCAAUCCCACCAGGUUGUUCUUCGUGGGAACUGUACUGGUCAUCUCGGCAACGUUUCUCUACGGCUACGACUGGAAACCCGCCGCGAACGCCAGCAAACCCUAGGAGGACGGACGUGCGACUGUAGGACACGCGACUCGGUAUCGCCGUCCGGUCGAAGCGAGAGAUCAGGGAUGAGACGCUACACGCGGACAAAGAGCAGUUGUUCAGUCGUCUCGAGGACGCCGUUGAGACGAGGCUGCAAAGUAUUAAAGACACGACGUGUUGUACUAUCGUAUGAUUGUCACAAACGUCUCCCUCACUUUAAGGUUUACAUAAACUGGAUUGUCAGUGGUUUCCUGAGAAACGGUCUGUGAAUGUGUGUGUGUGUGUGUGUGUGUGUUUGUGCCUGCACUUAACAAUGGUCAAUU